GGCAGGCAACUGGUCUCCAGACAUCAGACAUGCUGCCAAUCCGUUCAAUCGUCCUGGCCGUUUGCGCCUCGCUGGCUAUCGCUGCCCCCCUCAGUGGCAACGUUUGCCCUUCGAGCGGCGAUUGCCCCACCUGUUACGGCCUCCACACCCCGGACCUCCGCGACAUUGUUUGCAACUCGGAAUCCGCAUUCAUUGUCGCCACCGGUGUCGAUACAGAUGGUGAGCGCUGGACGUCUCCUCGUCGUUGGCAAGACAUCUUCGGAGCUCAUGGACAUCGCUACGCUGUCGAGCACUUCCCCAUUGACGAACGUCACUGGGACAAGGCUGACAGCGAAUGCAGAACCUACUACGCGAAGCCCGCCUAUGAAAUCACCAAGGGCCAGGCUCCUCGCCGUGUCCAGACUCCCGGAGUUGCUGGCUUCAAGAUGAACCCCGAGUGCAGUUGCAUUGGUCUUAUCGCCGAGGCCGGUUACGCCGUCGUGGCAUUCAAGAGCCGCGCUAUCAACCACUUCGAUGAGCUCGAGACCCAGGCCCUCAGCCGAGAUGUCGUUGUCGUGCCUCUGCCUCGCGGUGAAUUCAAGAUCCCCACUUGCGCUGCCUCUUUCAACGAGGACAAGACCACCAUCUCCACCGAGAAGCUCCCCGCUGUCUUCGCCAACGAUGAAGCUGAGCUCGAAUGCGACAAGGUCUCCUCCUGCCCCAAGUGCGAGGUCCUCCACAGCACUGAGCAGCUCAGGGAUAUCUGCCAGUCUUCCAAGGAACUCAUGAUCGUCAAGCGAGCUCUCUCUCGCGAUACCGCUACCAGCCCCAACGCCCCUUGGCAUAUGCCCAAGAUCGAGGUUUACGUUGACAAGGACAGCACCCAGGAAGAUUCCUACGAGACCCGCAUCAAGGUUUCUGCUCGCACCGAGAAGGGUUGUGCCAAGCCCAACUUCCACGUUCUCACCGCCUUGACUGCCAACCUCGAAGGCAAGUCCAUGCUCCGAGGAAUGCAGCUCGGUGAGCAGUGCCAGUGCGACUUCAUCCGCAAGCAACACGGAUACGCUCUUCUCCGAUCUGAACGUGAACUUUCCGAAACCGAUGCCCUCGGAGAGCAGGAAACCAUCCUCAUGAUCCCUCGUGGUCAGUACAUCAUCCCCCAGUGCCCCAGGGAGGAUGAAUCCGAACGUUCCGACAGCGACGAAGACGAGAAGGCUCAAUGCGAGGCGCCCGAGGACUCCUGCCCCAUCUGCGAGGAAUAUAUGUCUGAAGUUGAGCUCGAGGAGACCAUCAAGUCCGACGAUGCUCUCGUCGUCAAGAUGCAAACCAACAGCCACCUCAAGAAGUCCGAAGACUCCGAUGAGGUCAGGUGCGCUACCGCCGAAGUCGUUUCUGUCAUGAAGGGCCAGAAGGAGAACAUCAAGUCCGAGGUUACCUUCACUCUUCCCGAGAAGUGCCGCUGUGCUGCCAUGUCUAACUAUGGUCGCCAAUUCUACGCCGUUGUUAAGAAGGACGCCAUUGAAGGCGAACGUCUUGAGAAGCUCCCCCUCAACGAGAAGGUGUACAUUGUUGGUCAGAGUUUCCGCUCCCACAAUCUCCUCAAGAGAUGGUUGAACCCUGAGAGCAUCGAUGAGGCUGAAGACCGUUCAGGCUAUGACGGAUACGCUUCUUACGCUCCCCCUGCAUACGCCGCUCCUCCUCCGGCUUACGCUCCCGCCUACGCCGCAUACGCUCCUCCCCCUUACGUUGCUCCCGCGUAUGUCACAUCCGCAUGGAUGAAUUCGUACGGCUCCAAGAACCCAUCGAUCGCUGUGUCGUACAGCAUGCCCAUCACGAUACCGAUCGUGACUGCUAAAAGUACUUAUUCAAAGGGCUAUGACGGCAAGACUGGUUAUGGAAGCGACUACGGCAAGACUUCGGGUACCCAAAUUGUUGAAACGAAAGUCGAAGCAACCUACACCACGGUCGUGGGCAUCCAACCGGCUGACUCGUAUCCUUCAGCAGGACCAACUUACCAAGCUGGUUACCCACAAGCCCCAGGCUAUGUUUACAAGCAGUAA